AUGACAAUCCCAAAUCAACAAUCGCAGUCUCCUCCCCGUCGGUGGUACCACUGGUACGCGCCAGACGACUCUCCGGCCGAACGCAGGCUGAUCCUCAAGCUGGACGCGCUGAUCGUGCCUACAUAUGAUGCUCACGCUCGUGCAGACAAUGCCUACGUUUCCGGCCUCGCCGACGACCUCAACUUCCACGACAACCAGCUGGUCCAGUUCCAGACCAUGUACAUCGUCGGCGCCGCCGUUGGACAGAUCCCUUUCGCAUGGAUUUUCCCCCGGGUACCAAUGCACUGGCUCGUGCCGGGCAUGGAUCUUGGCUGGGGGAUUUUUACGCUGCUGCAGUAUCGUGUGAGCAGCUAUGCGGAGGUGAUGGCUUAUCGGUUUUUGGUGGGAUUAUUCGAGAGCGCCUACUUCCCCGCCGUCCACUACGUGUACGGCUCCUGGUACCGCGCCGACGAACUCGGCCGCCGCGGAGGCGUCUUCUACGUCGGGCAGAUGCUGGGCAUUCUGACGGCAGGCCUCAUCCAGGCCGGCGCGGCGCAGCAUCUCAACGGCGUGCACGGGCUGGCCGGUUGGCGGUGGAUGUUCAUCAUCACGGCGGUGAUGACCCUGCCGCUGGCCAUCGCAGGGUUUCUCGUCUGGCCGGGCACGCCGGACAAGCCGAAUCGCCUCGUGCUGAGCGAGGACGAUAUCACGCUGGCGAAAGCCCGUCUGAGGAACCACAGCCACCAGACGAAGUACUCGUGGGGCACCCUCCGCCGUGUCUUUACAGACUGGAAGGUCUACGUGCUGACCUUCUGGGACAUCCUGUUCUGGAACUCGGCCGUCUCCAGCCAGGGGGUGUAUCUGCUCUGGCUCAAAAGCCUCAAGCGGUACAGCACGGCGGAGCUGAACCAACUCUCGACAACAUCCCCCGCCCUGGGCAUCUUCUACGUGCUGUUCAUCUGCUUCGGCGCUGACCUCUUCCUCACGCGGGCGGGGGCCAUCACGCUCGCACACGUCUACAACAGCAUCGGGCUGCUGAUUCUCGUCAUCUGGAACGUGCCCGAAUCAGCGAAGUGGUUCGCCUUCAACACCAACUACGCCUGCGUCGCCAUGUCGUCGGUCCUGUACGGCUGGGCCAACGACAUCCUCAAGCACGACGUCGACGAGCGCGCCACGACGCUCAUCGUCAUGAACACCAUCGCCCAGUCCACCACCGCCUGGACGUAUCUGCUGACGUUUCCAACGUCCGAAGCUCCGCGGUUUCCGAAGGGAUAUCCGUUUACGUUGGCCAUGUCUUUGGCGCUGAUUGCGUUUACCUGGGUGGUCAAGUAUCUGCAUGAUCGGCAGGAGAGACAAUUCUCAGAGAAACAGCGGGCAGCACUCGCGCCAGACAGCGAAGAGGGGAUCAGCUCUGCUAUUGAGCAUGCUGUCGCGACGGAGACGGAAGAAGCAGCAGAUACCAAGGCAGGGAGGUUUCGGAGAGAAAUC